UGCUUCACUCUCUACUUCCACAGAUGAAGAUACCAGAUUCCAAGAAAACAUGGUGGAUAACAAAUAUAGUUGCUAUCUGCCUCUUUGGCUCUAUUUUGCCAUUCUUCCUCUAUUUAGAGCCUGCGUCCCCUGUUUGUUCCCCUAAAUACGCACCUGCGGAAAAUCAUCAAGACGUGAAACCAAAUGAGAAGCCCAUAGUCCUGCUGUGGUUCUGGCCCCUCGGUGUGAGGUUUGACUUCAAAAUUUGCUCAACCAACUUCGAAAUUGAUAGCUGUGUUCUGACAGAUGAUAGAUCCCUCUACAGCAAGGCACAUGGAGUCAUUUUCUACCAAAAGAACAUAGCCUGGAAUUUGGACAACAUGCCACAGGAGCCACGUCCAGCUUUUCAGAAGUGGAUUUGGUUCCAUGUGGAAUCGCCGACAAACACAGGGAAGGUACCGGGUCUGGUCAACCUGUUCAACUUAACGUUGAGCUACAGAAGAUACGCUGACAUCAAUGUGAGGAAUGAUCUCACAAUCAGAGAGACUGAAGCGAAGGAGGACUUUGUUUUGCCCAAGAAAGACAAACUAGUGUGCUGGAUAGUCAGUAACAAUAACCCUCAAACAGGAACAGCUGUGAGAGAACAAUAUUAUCGUGAACUAUCCAAACACAUCAACAUCAGUGUCUUUGGUAGAGCCUAUACUGGGAAUGUUUUAAGUUAUGAUGAGUACUACUCAACAAUUGCUAGCUGUAAGUUUUACCUCUCAUUUGAGAACUCGAUCCACAGAGACUACAUCACCGAGAAGGUCAACGGGCCCCUCGUGGCGGGGACGGUCCCUGUAGUUUUGGGUCCGCCGAGAGAAAACUAUGAUCAAUUCCUUCCCGCCGACGCCUUCAUCCACGUAAAUGAUUUCCCCGAUGCAAAGUCACUGGCGGCCUUUCUGCUGGACAUGAAGGACGAGGCGUACGCACGUUACUUUGAGUGGAGAAAGUUCUUCACAGCCACCCCUCACCUGCUGUCGACCCAAAAUGAAUUCAUUCAGCCUAUCUGCCUCGCCUGCAAACACAUGUCGAGAGACAGGGAAUACCAUGUAAUGCACGACCUUUAUCAGUGGUACUUUAAAUGAAAACAUUAAAGAGAACGUCCCUUGGUGUUGCUCAACCAUGUGGAUAAAUACAUAAGUAUUA